AUGUCAAAUGACACUACUACGUUAACAACAACAAUGUCAUUAACAGUAGAAUUAACAAUCCCCACACAAAGUAUGAAUGCUCAUGCAGUUGUUCCGAAGGUGCCCUAUAAAACUAUAGCUCUUUCAGCCAAUAAUGCCUAUAGUAUAAGACUUGCGCCACCAUCCUCUGAGCUUUCUUAUCCUCCGUUCGGCACGUCUAUUAAAGGGAAAGGUCUAUCCAACAAUAGUGGAUACGGAUUUGUUGUUGGUCUAUACGACAAAACUGCCAAUAAAGUUUACCCAGAUACACAAUGUGGAAAUCCAAAUUAUGCUUGUUAUGCUGAUGACUCUCUUGCCUCAGGACCUAUCACCAACAUUUGUGUCGUCAUUCUAAACCCUACGUACAACAACGUGAUUCUUAAUGUCGUUGUUAGUUUCGCGAAGGAAAGCCCCUUCAUCACCAACGAUGUCAAUUCAAAUGCAGAUUUCUUCAAUUUUGGUGUUACAGAUAUUCCCACUAAUGAAACAAUAACUAUCAACUACAAGGACUAUGUUACAACUGCUCAAUUGAGCAAAAGAUAUUAUAAAAAUUAA